AUGCAGAUCACACGCUACCGUUGGUCGGACUGUGUCCAUGUCCAGCACGUCAACCCCGAAGGCGAGCCAAUGACCUGGGUCGAGGUACGCGACCCGAAGAACGAGGUGUUCGACGCCACACCGCCUUACGAUUGUCCCGCCUGUGAAAACCCCGAUGUUACUCAGCCCGGCAUCAGUAUUAUGCCGCCUCGUCCGGUAGAGGACCCCAACCAGUAA